AUGACGUCUGCGGAACUAGGAAAAAUUAUUGGGCAAAGCAUCAGCCGUAAUCAAGCAUUAACUGACGGCUUAUUAAGCGAUUAUUGCCGUAGUAUUAAUAUCAGAGUAAAAAAAAAAGGUGAGUUAGAUUUUCGUCAGAUUAUUCAAGAAUAUUCGCAGAAAAGUCAACCCCAAGGAAGCUUGAUGAACCGUCCACCCAUUGUUAGCAUCAUGGGCCAUAUCGACCACGGCAAAACUACUUUAUUAGACACUAUUCGCCAAACCCAAGUCCAAAAAAAGGAGGCUGGUGGUAUAACCCAAAAAGUUAGUGUUUCCCAGGCAGAAUUUCAGGGUCAAAAAAUUACUUUUUUGGAUACUCCUGGACACAGCGACUUUAUUAAAAUGCGGCAGAGAGGAAUCUCCCUGACGGACCUGGUAGUCCUAGUAAUUGACGCCAAAGACGGAAUAAUGUCUCAAACCGCUGAAAUUAUUGAUUAUCUUCAUAAUUAUCAAUUGCCUACGCUUGUUUUCAUUAAUCACAAAAAACCUAGCGGAGAAAUAAUUGUGGUUUCUGGCAACGCCAAAGAAAAAGCUAGUGUUAAUCACCUGCUCGAAAAUGUUCUACUUUUUGCCGAUUUUAAAUCCCAUCCCCAUAACCCGGCCCAAGGAGUAGUAAUUGAUAGUUUUCUUCACCCGCAAACCGGUUCUCAAAUAAAUGAAUUAUUGAUUCAAGACGGAACCCUAAAAAUUAAGGAUAGCAUUUUCCUCAAUGGUAAAUUUGGUUCGGUCAAAAUAAUGUCUGAUAUUCAAGGCCAGAGAAGCACCACUGCCCAGCCGAGCGAUAUAGUGCAAGUAGUGGGCCUGAAUAUUCCCGCCGAAUUAGGCGACCGAUUUUUAAAAAAAAUUACUCCAACGCCCCCCUCCAGCAAGAAAAAAAAUGUUAAUUUAGUCCUGGUUGCCGAUAGCCAAAAUAGUCUGGAAGCCCUCACUGAAUUAGUGAAAAAAAAGAAUGCUCUUCAUUGUAACCUUUCCGUAGUCUACAAAGCGGUGGGAAAUUUAAACAGCUUUGCCCUGGAUUUAACGAAAAUUACUAAUAGCCAGGUUUUAAUAUUUGGUUAUCAACCUCCUCAAUCUCAGAUAAAGAUAUUGAAAGAAAAUAAUAUUUCUUUUUUUAGCAGCAAAAUUAUCUAUGAAAUUGGGGAAAAAUUGGACCAAAUUAUUGAUAGUCAACAAGAAAUAGAAGAAGUUGAGGAAAUCGUGGGAACAGCGGUCGUGAAAGUAGUUUUUGAAUUCUCCAAAGGCAAUAUUGCGGGUUGUCAAGUAACUGAGGGCAAAAUUAGCCGUAAUAAACGGGUUUAUGUGUUGCGUGGUAAAGAAGCCCAGAAAAUUUUCACCGGUGAAAUUAAAAGUUUAGAGAGCAACAAAGUGGAAAAAAACGAAGUCAGCAGUGGUCAAGA